UCUGGUUUCUUUCGUCAGCGUGAUCACAAUCAAUGUAACAGAAAAUUGUUAAAUCAUUACGAGUUGCUGAUCAUCACUUUUUUGUUUUCGAUUGUGACAUCUAUUAAAGUUGAUUUUGGUACUAGAGGUCUACCAAUUGUUCCUGCUUCACCAACAACAGUCCCACCACCUUCACUACCAUAUAGAAAUCCGGCACCUGUUUGGGAAGAUCAGUCAAGUGAUAUUCCUAAUCCAAGACCUUACACUUACGUUCUUCCAACACCUUCAAGAUCCCGCGAAAACACAGUUAACAUUUUCGAUCCCAACUACAGAGCACCUCAGUACACACAAUCAUACAAUCCUAAAACAAAACCAGCGAACAAUUUUAAUAAUGCAUUCAGUUAUUCCCUUGCUCCGAUUUAUAUUCCUAACGAAGGUUUUCGAUAUGUUGUAGUAAGUCCCAAUGAUAGAUGGAACUAUUUAAACAGUAAUCUCAUAAGGGAUUAUCGAUAUACGAGUGAACGUCAAAAGUAUGAUGACCAAAACAUUUACAAUGAUCGCUAUAAUAUGAAAUUGAAAAAAUAUAAGGCCUAUGAAAAAUUUUUGAACCCUCAAGAGUAUUAUCAUCAGAACAGGGCCAACCAUCAAAAUAACCAUCAGUGAAACUUAACAACAACAUCAAGUCGUUUUAAAACCAACUGAAAGUCAUUUUAAAAAUCAGUUUUUCUUUGUAAAUAAUUAUAUAAACAAACAAUAAGUUUGCCAUUUUAAAUCCUGUAACUUUAUUCAAACAGUUUGUAAAUAAAUAUUUUUGAUGUAUUAAAAAAUACGUGAUGACACGUAAAAUUGCAUUCCUUGGAAUGUAGUUUCAAAUUAAUACUUUAUAUAUUCAGAUAUAUUAACUUGUUGUCAUUUUAGAUCAAUUACCUUGAAGUAGAACAUUUUCAGUAAUUGUUUUAUUUCACGAUAGAUUCAACAAAUAUUUCAUGGAUGCUUUUAACAUUCACAGUCUUAUGUAUUAUAAAGUGGCGAAUUUUCUUCCAUCGCAUCCUGAUCUUCUUUUCUUGUAGCAAUGAAUAUUGAUAAAAAAUAUCUAUUAAAACACGUCUUCACACUAUAAAUUGAUAGUUCUACUGAAUGACCGA